GGCCCCGCCCCCCACAUCCCGCCGGGAAAGGCCGUUUCCGGAUGUGCCGGGGAGCUCCACGAUGAGCCGCAUCUACCACGACAGCGCCCUGCGGAACAAGGCGGUGCACAGCACGCGGCUGCCAGGGCCCUGGGACCCUGCCGCCCACCAGGGGGGAGCAGGCGUCCUGCUGGAGGGAGAGCUGGUGGACGUGUCGAGGCACAGCAUCUUGGACGCUCACGGCAGGAAGGAACGGUAUUAUGUGCUGUAUAUCCAGCCCAAUUGUAUCCAUCGGCGAAAGUUUGACACCAAGGGAAAUGAAAUUGAACCCAAUUUCAGUGCCACCAAGAAAGUGAACACCGGCUUCCUUAUGUCAUCCUACAAGGUGGAAGCCAAGGGAGACACAGACAGACUCACUGCUGAGGCGCUGAAGGGGCUGGUGGAGAAGCCUGAACUGCUUGAGCUGACACAAAGCCUCACCCCUGCAAACACUGUGGCCUUCUGGAUGCUGGAGUCAGAGAUGGAGGCGAUGGAGCUGGAGCUGGGGGUCGGGGUACGACUGAAAACUCGGGGCGAUGGCCCCUUCCUAGAUUCAUUAGCUCGACUCGAGGCUGGCACAGUGACCAAGUGCAACUUUGCGGGUGAUGCGAAGACUAGGGCAUCCUGGACAGACAACAUCAUGGCCCAGAAGGCUGCUGGGGGGACCCCAGCAGAGACCCUCGAGCAGGGAGAUGGGGCAGAGGACGCUGAGUGGGUAGGAUGACUGAGUCCACCGUCAGCAGAGCCUCUUCCACCCACUUCCACGCGUGACCACCCAGUCACCAGGCAGCUGCUGCAUCCCUAGACCACCCACUCAGUAACAGCCUCUGACGAAACCAGGACCAGUGCAAGACCAGGAUGGGCUGGCUGGGCCCGGGCUGUGACUGCCCAGGAUUGUGAGCUGACUUCCAGACAUUUCCAGCAUAGCCUUGCUUGGGGGGAAGCCUCAUUGCUGGAGGUGAGGGGGAAGGUGGAAGCUCCCCCACAGAGUUUGAAUACAGAACUGGGGACCAGCCUGUAUCUGGAAGCUGAGGGCCCCAGAAGAAGCCAGUUGGGGCUUUUUCCCCUGUGCCAGUCAGCUCUGGAGCCUCUCCCCAGGCUCUUCUCUUUCCUGCUCUAUGCUUCUCCUCUCAUCCGUGUUACCUCCCCACUGUGCUGGCAGUUCUCCGCAGGGUGCUGCGCUGGGGAACCCCUGUAUUCCCAGGUAUGGUGGGCUGGGUCCCACUUAACCUCUUAGCCAGGCCCAGUUUUGGAUCACACCCUUUUUUUAUUGUGGGUUUGUACCAUGAGAAAUUUGCAUAAAUAAAUCUCCAGAUAAAGGAUUCCUCUCUGCAGCUCAGUCAUUGCCUGUGUU